AUGGAAAAUCGUACAACGAAAAAGGAAAGUUUGAAGAGGCUUGAGUACCAAUCGAGAAAGAGAGAGAACAGAGAAGGAUGGAGAAGCAGGAGUUCUUGGAACUGUUUGAGGCAGCAACUAAAGCAAAAGUCUGCUGCGAGAGGAGACAGUAAGAGUUCUUCUCCAGCGGUCUCUAGGUGCGUGGAGGCCAUGAUUCGUUUGAGAGAAGCUCCAGAGUCACUUGCUUACGAGAUGGUCAUCGACAUCACAUACCCUCAAAUUGGAAAGAGUCACAUGCUUUUCACGGAGCACAAAAACCCUAGAAUCCAGUCUGAGGGAAAGAUUCUUUACUUUCUUUGGCUCAGAUAUGUCUAUGCUAUGGGGAGGAAACAGAGCUCACGAUCUCAUGAUCGGCCGGUGGUGAAUAAGGAGAAGAAGCUUGUGGAUGAGAAGAUGAUUUCGAUGACGACAGGGGAUUCUAACCGAGACAAAGUACGUGAGAUUCUUCACAAGUCCUUGUCUAAAGUCGCUAACGAGGUUGUUGUUGGGAUGAAGGAAGGAGUGGUUUCUUGCGAUUCUUGGAGUGUGGCUGCGUUGGUUGAAUCAGCCAUGUUUCAGAAACUAGGUUCUUUCGAGGGGACUCAAAAAGCAAAGUACAGAUCGAUUCUUUUCAACAUGGGAGACAACAGCAAUCCAUAUCUCAGGAGGAAAGUGUUAAUUGGUGAGAUCAGUGGAGAGAGGUUGGUGACGAUGGAGAAAGAAGAGAUGGCUAGCAACAAGAUUCAGAUGCAAGUUCAAAAAAUCAAAGAGAAAGCCAUAGUUAAGGAAGAGAAUCGAGUAAAUAGUAUGAUGAUGUUUCAGUCAGACAGUCUGAUCAUGACUUAA